AUGACAAGUCUACUAACAGGGGCUGUUUUCGGCUCUGGCCUUAGCCUCUCGGGCGUCGCAAAUCCACAAGUCAUCAGGGAUCAGUUCAGCCUCUCCGACUUCCACAUGCUCGCCACCUUUCUCACUGCAUCCGCCACGAGUGCCGUCGUCUUUGCAGGCUACAACAACAACAAAUCCGAUAAUAAAAUACCAAUCAAACUGCCUUCCAAUCAUGGCUGGAUCGGAUCAUACGACGGUAACCUCAUUGGAGGGGCUAUACUCGGUCUGGGGAUAAGCUUAACCGGAGCAUGCCCUGGAACUGUCCUCGUCCAAGCCACGGCUGGUGUCGGACACAGCCGGUUGCUCGCGUGCACUUCUCUCCUUGCAGGGAUCGUCUGGGUCAAGAUAAAGCCCUUGGUGUCCCAGCCGCAGCCGCCGACGAGCCGCGCCGAGAAUAACACUGUCAUGCUUAUUACCGGAUGGUCGGCGAACAAAGUGCUUAUCGGGUACGAGAUUACCUUGCUUGGCAUCCUGGCUGCGAUACUGGUUACAGCGCCGCGCAGUGAGACAUUGCUGCAUCCGGUUGUCGGCGGUCUUCUUAUCGGCGUCGGGCAGCUUUCUUCUGUCCUCUUCACCAAAAGACCAGUUGGUGUGAGCGGUGCAUACGGAGAAUUUGGAAGUUUGUUUUGGGACCUGGUCAGUGGGAAGACACUCAAGUCAAUCCCCGAGAGCAUUUUGUUCGCCGGCGGAGUUGUCGCGGGUUCUUGGUUGACCAUAACUCAAGUCCCUGCCAUUCGGGAGGCUAUGGUUACCAGCCGGGAACAAUCUUUGCCAAGUCUCAUUAUUGGAGGAGUUCUUUUGACGUUCGGGGCGCGUAUUGCUGGUGGAUGUACGAGUGGCCAUGGAAUUAGUGGCAUGGCAAGUAUGGGUGUGAGCUCUUUCAUCACUAUUGUAUCGAUGUUUGGCGCUGGUGUGCUAUUCAGAUCAUUUUUUCCAUAA